AUGUCCUUCCGAUCAGUCUCUGUUCUUCGUCCAACGCUUCCCCUUCCCCUUAUCACUCCUACCCUCACUCGAACCUAUGCCGUCAAAUCCUCUUCUUCCUCAUCAGGCAAUCCCGCUCUCCACGUUCCAACAGAUAGUCGAUCCAACCUGCUUCGUCAAGUCCUCUACCCUUUAGAUUCAUAUUCACCAACUUCAUCCUCACCUACCGGAACAUAUCAUCCAGAUCACCUGAAUCGUCUACAGGCAGUCAUCCCCUCGGAGGAAGUCCACGAGACGAUCGAAAGGGCUUGGCAACUGCAUCAGAGAAACUUACGUCAAACUCGUCAGAAAGUGCUGGACGCAAAGUUCAAAGCUAUGGUGGAAGCUUGUAAUGAGUUGGAAGCUAUAACUGAUCCUUCUAAUGGAGGAGUUGAAAGUACCGAAGGAAAGGGAGGUCAAUAUCAUAGGAGAAUAUAUGAGAUUGCUACGUCUACUACACAUCAGGCUGAACGAACUGCCGAAGAAAGAUCACAAAAGGGGAAGAAGAGUGUCGAACAGAGAUGGAAGGAAACUAGAAUACCGGGUUUGUUCCCUAGGGAAAGUUGGGUACCGGUUGAAAGUAAAGGGAAAGGGUGGGAAUAUGAUUGGGUGAGACCAGGUUAUUGA